UUGUGUUAGUUAAUCUGCACACAGAUAACACAGGGUUUCCUCUGUCCCUGAUGCAUAUAUAGUACUCUCCAGCAUACCAUAUCACACUGCGAGGAAGAAACUUCUGUGUAACCUCUGUAAAUCGUUAACCAACCUUGCAAAGAGACAAGUUGAUUUAGAGGUUUGUCAAUAAUUUGAGGCCAUAUGAGAGAAAAACAUGGCUAGUUACAUAUUCUGGCUUUUACUUCUAUGCAGUGUGUGCUGCAAUUCCAAAGGUGAAAGCUGUGAUUUGCCCAAUGUGGAGAAUGGAAAGAUUGCCCAGUAUUUUUACAUUUUCAAAAAGUUUUAUUUUCCCAUGGAAGUAGGGAAGAAGUUGUCUGUGGCUUGUACUGCUGGCUACACCAGUCAAUCAGGAAAACAGGAGGAAACAAUCACGUGCACUUUGCAGGGUUGGGAACCUGAACCAAUAUGCUUCAAAAAGUGCAUGAAACCUUCCUUGGAGAAUGGAGUUGUGUUUAACGCUAAGGAAUUGUAUAAAACACUAGAGAAGGCACAAUAUGAAUGCUUAGAUGGGUACACUACAUCAUCUGGAAAUAAAACUGAAGAAAUAGUGUGUUCAUCAACUGGGUGGACUCCCCAACCACAAUGCCACCAAAUAUCUGACAGGUGUGAAGCCCCUCUUCUUGCCAAUGGACACUAUGCUUCAUUAAAAAAUAUUUUCGGUGUUAAGGAUGUUCUAGAAUUUAAGUGUGAUGAAGGAUAUCGAACUGCAAGUGGAAGAACAGCAGAUAGGGUAGAAUGCCUUCUAAGAGGAUGGUCUUCUGUCCCUCAGUGCACACAACUGAUCUGUGAAAAGUUGUCACCGGUGGGAAAUGGAGGUUUUUACCCUUUGAAAGCAUCCUAUGCAGACAAGGAUGUGGUACAGUUCUUUUGCAGGGAAAACUACAUCCUUAAAGGUUCAGAAUUGAUUCAGUGUUACUCCUUUGGAUGGUACCCCAAUCCCCCUAUAUGUGAAGAAAGAAGAAAUAGGUGUCCUCCCCCUCCCAGACCGUCACACACCAUCAUACUCACAAAUCUCACCAGACAUGGCAACGGUGACAUUGUGCGCUACGAGUGUGACCAAAAGUAUAAGUUAAUUGGAUCAGAAGAAGUAAAGUGUGAAAAUGGUCUUUGGACAAAUCCUCCAAGUUGCGUGGAACUUAAAGGAAUAAUGAAAUGUGGCAAGCCACCUCCUAUAGAGAAUGGAGACAUAAUUAAUGAUCUGGAAACUUAUUAUAGUGGUGAUAUGGUUAACUAUCAGUGUACACAUGGAUACAGAAUAAACGGAAUGAAUAAAAUAAUAUGCAAACUGGGCAAAUGGCCAGAGCCACCUACGUGUGUUGUUAGCGAUGAGUACUGCCCGAUGCCUCCAUCAAUCAAAAACGGGGAGCCUUUUGACAUUCCAUCUGCAAACUAUAGUGUGGGCUCUUCAGUAGAAUACAUGUGUCACAGCUACCACUUAAUGGAGGGGUCCAAGACUAUUACCUGCUUAGGUGGUUCCUGGUCUCAACUGCCAACCUGUUUAGAGCCCUGCACUGUGACUGUAACCCAGAUGAGACAGAGGAAUAUAGAACUCCGAUGGAGCUUUGAAAUAAAUUCUCCAUUUAUGCAUGGUGAAUUGGUGGACUUUAAGUGUAUAGAAGGGUUUGACAUGUUGCAUUCUUCUGGACUAAAGGUGCUGUGUCAAAGGGGACAACUUCAAUAUCCCUCCUGCAGUAAAAGAGAUAAUGUGAAAGUGUGUGGAUCCCCUCCUAUUGUUCGAUACAGUGAAGUCAAUGUAGCGCAGGAAUCCUAUGUGUCAGGCUCAUCGGUUAUAUACAGCUGUUUAGAAUUCUAUUUUCUAAAAGGCUCCAGGACUGUACAUUGUUCCAAUGGAGAAUGGGAAUCUCCACCAACCUGUAUUGAGCCAUGUAUCUUAUCCAAAGAAGAAAUGGAGAGAAAACAUAUCAAACUGCGGUGGAGUUUGGAUAACAAUGGGAAAUUUUACCAUGGAGAAUUUGUUGAGUUUGUAUGUAAAGAGGGGUAUAGAAAUAUACAAGCGAUUGCAAUGUUUUCACUUAGAAGCCAGUGUAACAAUGGAAAGCUUAUAUAUCCAGAAUGUGAACAGAGGUAGAUCAAUAAAUAAAAAGGAACCUGCUACCACUUACCUGAUCCACCACUCCCCUGCUUCUAUCUCCUUACAGAGGUGAGUGUUACACUAAUU